AUGGGCGGCCGCAGUACCGCCGUGGAUGUCUGGGCUGACUCCAACCUCACGCUCCCACCAUCCAAAAUGAUUGCCGCCAGCUCCGACAUUUGCAACUUCGGCCGUGGUGCCUAUGAUACCACUGGCCUCCCCAAGCCUCCUCCUCCUCAGCCCCAGUAA